AUGGCGUCUCGCUCCGUAUUCCGGUUCCUGGUCCUGCUGGCGGCGCUGGUGGGGGUCCUGGCUGCGGAGCGCGCCGCCAAGCGGAGGAGACGGGAACCUUGGACUAAUGGCAGCUGGUUCAACAUGGGCCUCCUGGAAUUCAAGGAAUGGAUAAACCAGACCGAAGUCUUCUCAGACAAGUCGCGCAUGUGUUCCAAGCUGCACGGGCUAACUCCUGGCCAGCGCAGGGUCUGCCGGCGACAUAAGGACCACAUGCCAGCAGUCGGGGAAGGAGUCCGGCAAGGGAUAAGGGAAUGCCAGCAUCAGUUUGAGCACCGACGGUGGAACUGCACCAUCACCGGAGAUGAAACUGUUUUCGGACCUUUGACAUUGAUUGCGUCAAGAGAAACCGCCUUCACACACGCCAUAACAGCGGCCGGGGUGUCACUAUCCAUUUCCCGCGCGUGUCGAGACGGCAGGCUUUCCUCCUGCGGCUGCAGUCGAGCGUCCAGGCCGCGGCAUUUGCACAACGACUGGGUUUGGGGCGGCUGCGGGGACAACCUUGAGUAUGGAUACAAAUUCACGGAAGGCUUCGUGGACAUACGGGAACGAGAACGCAAAGUGAAGCGAGGCAGUCGCGAGCAGGGCCGCCAGCUGAUGAACAGACACAACAACGAGGCCGGCAGGAGGGCUGUCAUACGGAAGUCGCGGGUGACUUGCAAGUGCCACGGCGUGUCGGGCUCCUGCAGCCUCAUCACCUGCUGGCAACAGCUGGCCACCUUCAGGGAAAUUGGAGACUAUCUACGCGACAAAUAUGAAGGUGCUACGGAAGUCAAGGUGUCUCGACGAGGGAAACUGAGGCUUAGUAAUCCGAACUACAGUCUGCCGACUGCACAAGAUCUCGUCUAUUUGGAAGAGUCACCCAAUUACUGUAUUCGAAACGUUUCAUUGGGUUCACCAGGCACAACGGGCAGAGAAUGCAACAAAACUGCAGCCGGCAUAGACGGCUGUGCACUCAUGUGUUGCGGUCGUGGAUACAACACCAAGAAGAUCGUUGUGAAGGAAAGAUGCGAGUGCAAGUUCCACUGGUGCUGUCGAGUGGAUUGCAACACUUGCGUUAAGACUAUGGAAGUGUAUACUUGUAAAUAGUGACCUAAUUUUUUUUUUGAAACAGCUUUUAACUAUUUAGGAAAUAAGUAUUUAUUAAACUUUACUCGUAGGAAAGCUUUGUAUCUAAUUGGCGACCUUUUAAAAUUCGUACUUAAUUAAUGAUGAUAAGUUUUGCGAUAUAAAGUAGAUUUAUGACUCUUGUAAAAAUAAAACUUAUUUCAAAAACUUUUAGAAAUAGAGGGUAGAGCAAUAAUGGCGUCAGUUGUGAAAAAAGACCGAAUUGUUUUAAUGUGACUAAGUAUAUUCAAUUAGGUACUGAUUUUAACCUAUACGAAUCCAGCUGACGGCUUUCCCUGUAGUAGGUAACUAUGUAUGUACUAUGUACCUUUUAUUGUAAGUUAUUAAUUUAUGAUUUUGACCGUUUUCGAUUGAAAAUAUUUAAAAAAAGUACAGCAAAAAUAUUUUUAUGGAAACUUAGAUAAUAUCUAUCCUGACUCUUUGAAAUACUUAAUUACUUCAAAUAAAAUAAUAUUAUUUACAUAGUAUUAUUAGCAAGCUUACAUAAGUAGGUACAUAACUAGGUACUUGCCUAGUUCAUAAAAUUUUAAGAAGAUUCUAUUAGAUUCCUCACCUUGACAAUAUUUCUUAAGGAUUGCUUAGCAAUACUUACAACUACCCUUAAGUUAAGAUGAAAAUGAUUUAUUAAUAGCAAUA